AUGCAGCAAGCACGAGUAUAUAGUACUGUUCUCACUGACUCACGUGACAAGACGAGGAGCCAUGGCGGCGAUUUAGACCCAACCGCUACGCUUUCUGACUACCCUCUGCUUCGCCCAACCUCCAAAUCCGUACCACCACCAACCAACUUGAGUAGGUCGUCUCCUUUCUCUGAUGACAAGCAGUCUAGUCUCGGCGAUGCGCUCGACAGCGAUUCGUUCGGCCCGCCGCUGACGCCGCAGACGGCGUCGAUAGAGGACGAGUUCCGCCGUGGCAUGCAGGAGGUUCGCGAGAUGCGCGACAAGUACGAGGGGCUGCUGUUCCUCGUCGCCAACGCGCAGCAGCGCGCCGCAGAGUUCUCCGACGCGUUUCGGGAGCUGUCCUCGUUUGUGGGGGGCGCGUUUGGCGCUAUAGAGGACGGGAACGUGGGCGAGGUGUUUCAGCACGUGGCUGUGGUAGAGGACCGCAUCGGACAGCUCUUCCAUUACUAUGCCAUGCAUCUAGCACAGGCCAUAGCCGAGCCAACCGAGUCUCUGCUCGUGGAAAUUCAUCAAGUGGAGGAGACAAGGAAGCUGUAUGAGGCAAAGAGGGCGCUGCUGUCUCAGGUGGUGAGGCACCACGUGGCGAAGAGCCGGCUGCUGAGACGGUCCCAGCUGCAGCUGGGGCAGCUGGACGGGAUGAUGGGGUAUCUGCUGGAGGAGCUGGGAAUGGCGGGCGCGGAGUUGCUUUGUAGCGUUGAUGAGGGGGAUUAUGACGAGGAUGAGGAUAUGGGGGGCGUGGCGGCAGGCAGUUUGGAGCAGGGAACCUCAUCCCAAGAAACUGCCCCAAGCAACGCCCCAGGCGUUACAGGUUCUGCUGCUGCUCACGGCGCCACUCCCUCCCCUGCACUCGUUGCUGGUGCUGCUGCCACUCCCACUCCCCCAGCUCCUCCUGUGCUCCAAACACCUUUGCUGUCGGCAGCAGUGGCUGCAGCGGCUGCUGGGGGUGGGGGUGGGGGUGGGCUGAGGGGGAGAGCAGCACACGUGGGUCCCUUUGCCAUGCAAAUGUCUGGCCCUCUGCCACGCCCCUCUGCUGUUGAACAGGCUGCAGCAGGAGGUGCUGUUGCCUCUGCUGCUGGUCCUGCUACAGGCGGUCCUGCUGCCAGUCCCGCAGGCACCGGGGGUGCUUCGUCAGGUGGUUCGGCAGGUGGUUCGGCAGGUGGUUUGGCAGGUGGUCCGGCAGGUGGUUCGGCAGGUGCGGCAGGUGGAGCAGGCGGAAGUGGGGGAGGGCGGUUCAGCUUUGGCUCUGCCAGCAGGGAAGGCCAGGCAAGUGGUUUGGCAGGGGGUCCUUCAGGUGGAUUGGCAGGUGGAUUCACUGGAGGUGCAGCCAUGCCUAUGGCGGGGCAUCAGGCCCCGGCGAAGAGAGUGAGCCAUUCGGGACCCAUUCUGAGAGGCAGCGGUGGUGGCACUGGGUCAGCGUUAGGAGCAGCAGGAGCAACUGGAGUGGGAAGAGCAGGAUCAGGAGGAGCAGGAGCAACCAUGCCUUUAUUCGAUCCCUCUGCAUCCUACCCUCCCUCUUCCUCCUACCCUCCCUCUGCAUCAUAUCCCCCAUCAUCAGCACCAGCCUUCUCAUCCAGCCUCCAGCAGGCAUACAUGCUCGGUGCCGUACCCUCCCAGCCUCCUAUGCCCACCCUUUCACCCAUGCCCUCGCAACCUGCUACGCCCCUCACAGCUGCUCCUGUGUCUGGGUAUGCCUACACUGGGGCAGCAGCAGGGGGAGCAGUGGGCGGCGGGGCAGGGUAUGGCAUGGAGCCUCAGCCUAGCUGGCAGGCUGGUGUCUCAGGAGCAGCUGGUAUGAGGCCAACAGGAGCGGCAGCCGCAGCAGGAGCACAAGGCCUAGCAGUCCCGACUGCAGUGCCGAUGGGACCUUCAACAGGAGUUUCCAUGGGAGUUCAAACAGGGGGCCUGGGUGUGGGUCAAAGCUAUCCGUCCCACCCAGCUUACGGUUUCAACACCAGCCCUGGUGGCGGAUUAGGGUUUGGGGGCAGUAGCGGCGGAUUAGGGUUUGGUGCCUCGCCGGUUUUCCAGGGUGGUUUACCCAGCAAGGCCCUGAGUGGACCCAUAGCCCGCAGCUCGUUCUACGGAGGCGGUGGUUUGCUCUCCUCAGCCGGCAUUCCAGUGGUGGGAGUGAGGGGAAGGUGCUACGGUCCCCUGGGGCCAAGGAGGGUUCGUUAG